UACCAGAGUCCAAAUACAGUCCACUAGGUGGACCCAAACCCUUCGAGUGCCCCAGUAUUCAAAUUACAUCGAUCUCACCCAACUGUCAUCAGGGGAUCGAAGCCAGUGAAGAUGAACUACACACAAAUGGCACAGAAAAUGACUAUAUGGAAAGGCCUUCACGGGACCAUCUCUAUCUUCCUCUUGAGCCAUCAUACAGGGAAUCAUCCCUUAGUCCAAGCCCUGCCAGCAGCAUUUCAUCCAGAAGUUGGUUUUCAGACGCUUCCUCUUGUGAAUCCAUUUCCCAUGUUUAUGAUGAUGUAGACUCAGAGCUAAAUGAAGCAGCUGCUCGAUUUACCCUUGGCUCUCCUUUGGCAUCACCUGGUGGUUCUCCGAGAGGUCCCAGUGAUGAAUCAUGGCAGCAGCCUUAUGGAUUUGGGCACUCCUUGUCACCUAGACAGUCUCCCUGUCAUUCUCCUAGAACUAGUAUUACAGAUGAAAAUUGGUUAAGCCCUAGACCAACAUCAAGGCCCUCAUCAAGACCUACAUCCCCUUGUGGGAAACGACGACACUCCAGUGCUGAGAUUUGCUAUGCUGGUUCUCUCUCUCCUCACCAUUCUCCAACUCCAUCACCUGGCCAUUCUCCCAGAGGAAGCAUAACAGAAGACACGUGGCUAAACACUUCCAUCCAUAAUGUACAAGGCCUUAAUUCUGGCCUUUCACCAUUUCAGUGUUGUACAGAGACUGAUAUUCCUCUAAAAACAAGAAAGACCUCAGAGGAUCAGACCGCCACUUUAUCUGGAAAGGUCGAUAUCUGUCCUGAAGAGCAGGGUAACUUGUCAUCAUCCCUCGAAACUGCAGUAGAUGAUUGCUCUGGAUCUCAGCACACCUUGAAAAAAGACUUGCCCGGAGACCAAUUUCUUUCUGUUCCUUCACACUUUACUUGGAACAAACCGAAGCCUGGUCAUACUCCUAUAUUUCGCACAUCUUCAUUGCCACCUCUUGACUGGCCUUUACCAAGUCAUUAUGGGCAGUGUGAACUGAAAAUAGAAGUCCAGCCUAAAACUCAUCACAGAGCUCACUAUGAAACAGAAGGAAGCCGAGGAGCAGUAAAAGCAUCUACUGGAGGACACCCUGUAGUGAAGCUCCUGGGCUACAGUGAAAAGCCCGUGAACCUCCAAAUGUUCAUCGGGACAGCGGACGAUCGGUACCUGCGGCCUCACGCCUUCUACCAGGUGCACCGGAUCACUGGGAAAACAGUCGCGACAGCCAGUCAAGAGAUAAUCAUUGCCAGCACCAAAGUUUUGGAAAUUCCACUUCUUCCCGAAAAUAAUAUGUCAGCCAGUAUCGAUUGUGCUGGUAUUUUGAAGCUUCGCAAUUCAGACAUAGAGCUCCGUAAAGGAGAGACAGAUAUCGGAAGGAAGAACACCAGAGUGCGACUUGUGUUCCGUGUUCACAUCCCACAGCCUAGUGGAAAAGUCUUAUCUCUGCAGACUGCUUCCAUCCCCGUUGAAUGCUCUCAGCGGUCUGCUCAAGAGCUUCCUCAGAUUGAGAAGUACAGCAUCAAUAGUUGCUCAGUAAAUGGAGGUCAUGAAAUGGUGGUGACAGGAUCCAAUUUUCUUGCAGAAUCCAAAAUUAUAUUUUUUGAAAAAGGACAAGAUGGACGACCUCAGUGGGAGGUAGAAGGGAAAAUAAUUAGGGAAAAGUGUCAAGGGGCAAACAUCGUACUUGAAGUUCCUCCAUACCAUAACAAAACCAUUACAGCUGCAGUUCAGGUGCAGUUUUAUCUCUGCAAUGGCAAGAGGAAAAAAAGUCAGUCUCAACGUUUUACUUAUACACCAGGCAACGUCCAGGGCCUGCAUUCGAUCCGAACUCAGCUGCCUUCACCAGAGCAAGGGCACCCACAUGACAGUUUGCUGUCUACGUCACCCAGGAGCCUUGUGUGUCCUGUUCAAGCACCGUAUACAGCAAUGGUGACCUCAGCAGUGUCCCACCUGCCACACGUGCAAGGUAGAAACCUUAGUCCAAGUGAAGAGUGUCAUGUUUUGCCUCCUGCUGUGGUUCAGUCUUUUCAGGUAACAUCAGCACCUUCUGUGAGGCCUUCUUACCCGCCUAUGCAGUCUAAUAACGUGUACAAUGGACAGUCUGGUCUUCCUAUGAACUCUGCCUCCAGCCAAGGAUUUGAUGCUAUUUCAUUUCCUCAAGACACAGCUGUACCUCAUUUGAUAAAUCUUGGCUGCCAAGCUCUACCACCAGUGCAGUUUCAUUCUUCAAAUCCAGGUUCUGUGUCAACAUCAAGUACAGCAGGGCACCCAUUGGCACAUCCAGCUCAUUCAGGAGAGUCAUCUGCUCACCUGCCAUCAAUGGGAUACCACUGCCCAAGCACUGGGCAGGGCUCCAUCCCUUCUGCAAUGGGUCUCUCCCUUGGGCAGUCUUCUCCCCAGCUGCAGCAAGUCCCAUACCAUUCUACAAAUCCGGCAUCCGCUUCAUCCCCGUCCCCGACAGCUUCCCACCCAUUGGUCCACUCGCCGCUGUCUGGACCUUCCUCUCCGCAGCUACAGCCUCUGCCUUACCAGUCUCCAAGCUCGGGACCCACCUCCUCCCCCCCACCCACUAGUCACUCAGGCCAGCACUCCCCCCAGGCCCCCAGCCCUGCCCUGGGGGCUCUCAGCGCUGUGUCACCCCUCGGGCACCACUCUGUGUGCGACUCAUCUCCGUUUGCACCCGAUGGGGCAGCUAUUAACAUUAAACCCGAACCUGAGGAUCGAGAGCUGAAUUUUCAAACCAUAGGACUACAAGACAUCACACUAGAUGAUGACAGUUUUAUCUCUGACCUGGAAUACCAGCCAUCAGGUUCAACAGAGAAAUGGACUCAACAUUCAGCAUUCAUGUCCAACUCCUAUGUGGAAAAUCUAGAGGUUGAGGAACUAGAGAUUCUCAUGCCCAAAGUCCUUGGAAAAAAGAGACAUGUUGCAGGACCUGUCCAAGUGAAUGAGAUCAUAGGAAGAGAUAUGUCACAGAUCUCAGUGUCACAUGGAACAGCAGUGGCCAGCCAGCCUGCACGUGCGUGUCCUGGAUCUCUGGAGACAAGAAUAUCUGAUGGAAUCCAGUAAUGGAUGAGCUAACAACUAAGCAUCCAUGAAAACUUCACAAUUUCUCUGAAUAUUUCUUCAUCCUCUUCCUCUUUAGACUUACUGUGCUUCCAACUCUGUGGCCUUUAUGAACUGGAACAGUGGAUCCUUGCAAAGCCCUUUCAGUGGGUUACAUUUUUGAUGUAGAGACAGAGCAUUUUAAUUAUAGUUCCUCAGAUGCUGUAAAGAGACUUCUUAAAAUGGACACACAGAAUCUACACCAGAUAUUUUAACUAUUUUAAAGUUACAAAUGAGCUCUGCUUUUUGCAUUUAAAUAGAAUACUUUUAUAUUGUAAGUGCUUCAGGUGUGUGGAGAGGUUAGUUUGCUCUUAUAAUAUUCACAGUACUGAAUGUGGAAAACACAUCUUCAGUGUGCUGCUUUCCCUUAGAGAUAGUAGAGUUUGUAACUGAUGAUUUGUAACACCUUUUGGUCAUUUUGGAAAGCCUUUAAAGCUUCUAUUAUUAAUUUUUUUUAGUAAGAUCUUCCAGUGGCAAAUCAUACCUGUCAUCUGAAGCCAAUGCCACGGAAGCCAUUGUGUAUAUGAAUACUGUAGUGUUUUCUUUCUUAGAUUCAUAGGAAGCAAAGCCAAAUGUAGAUCUGCACUUGUUUAUAAACUGAAAAUGUUACUUGAUAGGCAAAAAGACCAUUCCAUCAUGAAAGUGUUGGGAUAGAAAUUACAUUCCAAAAUUUAACUUUUAUAACUUUGUGGAUAAUCUUCCUGAUCUUUAUUAGCACAGGCUCCUUCUUGAAAUAGCUUUUUUCUUAGAAAGUUACAUUUUUAAUCAAAUUUGAGCAGUAGGAUUUUAGAUUAAAGAACAGCAACAUCAAAGCCAUGUUAGAUACAGGAGAAAAUUUUAUAUUUGCUGAGGAUCUAAAUGUUCCCUGAGGAAUAUGGUUUUGAAAUCACCAGUUCAGUGGCAUUCAAGUUUUUGAUGCAAUAAAUCAUUUGAUCACAUCUGUACGUUUUAUAUGCUGUAUGCCUGAUCAUGCCACUUGGAAGUCCUAAGGAGAUGACAAUUACAGUUCCUUAAAUUUAGGCUGUUUAUAAAUGUCAGUUUGCUCAAAAGUAAUUUACUGUGAAUUAGUGGUUAGGUAGUGUAAUGUGUCCAUGUUGAAUUGUAAAGGUGUGAAGCAGAAGCUACCAAAGAAAUCCAGCAGAUUCCCCACGGCAGCAGUGAACUCUGUGCUGUGCUCCGAGGAUGCAUCUCCCUUACCCCCAUGAUCUGCUAAAUUGGAAACAAUCUGUUCACAGAGGCUUUACAAUCAGACACCUUGGAGAGGAUGUGAAAGUGCCAGUGUCACACGCAUUUCCCUGCCCCAAAAGGCACUCAUUUCCAGAGCUUUCCUCCGUGGAACACACAGGGUACAACAGUCACAGCAAAGUGAGACUGAAGGAAUGGAAUGUCAGAACAUCCGAGAUGUUCAGUUUAGUUCCUCAGUGGGGUGAGCCAUGGUGCUCUAACAAAAAUUGAGUGAAUUAACUCAAAGAAUUGGAAAAUUAAAAAGUCUAUCUGCGUUGGAUCCAGUUCGGACAACUGGGGACAUUUUAGCAGUUGAACACACGGGGAGCACAUGCCUCUCUCUGUAGAGUGGUCUGACAGGGGAAAGUGCUGAGUUAUAAUGCCUGCAGGAGGAAACACAGGUUCUACUGAUGUUGCAUUUUGGCAAACAGUCAUGGGGAAAACUUUCCAUUGAGCCUUUUGCAAACAAAACACUACACCUGAAGUCAGUGCCCAAGCAAUACCAUUACAGUUGCUAUAAUCACAUCUCCGUAAUAGCUGAAUCAUGAACUUUUAAAAAGGACAUACGUUGAGCAGGUGAAAUUAUAAUUUUAUCACGUAACUUCCUUUUAAGAGUGCAGCCUGAGGUUACUAUCUUGAUGUUUCAUAAUUAUUUCAAACAACUUAGUGCUAGGCCACUAUCUACCUGCUGGGAAUCUUAAGCAUCCUUUUUGUGAAUGUACUGUUCAGUGGUGCAAAUCUUGAAAUUUGCAGAAAAAAAUUGGCAGGGCUGGAAUAUGAAAAGUGUGAUAUUGUAAUUGUCCUCAGCAGUGGUGCUUUACUCUGUCCUCUACUCAUGUUAAAGAUCCUACAAAGGACUCACAUGCUCAGAAAUACAUCUACUUGUGUUUUUAACACCUUAAUAACAAAACAAACCACACAACACUGUAAACUGUGUAAUCUGUCUUCAGAGUGUGUGCUGGUGGCGAGGCAUGUUCCAGUUUUCAUUCCUGUGUUGGGUCGUUUGCAUUAACCAUUGUUUGUAGGAGAAUUCUGACUUAAAAGCUUUUCAUACUAUAUGGGAUUUAUGCUCCUUUAUCCUGCUGGUACAGACUCUCCUUGCAAGUUCUCCAAGUAGCUGGAAUUCACACUGUACCUAAAAUACAGGAGCCCAAACAAUCCGGAGUUGCUAUGCACUAAAUUUUCUGAUGCCUUUAAAUACCUUGAUGCCUGUAGACAUAGAGACGCUUUCCUAUUUAAAAAUGAAAUUUAAAAAAAUAGCUUUGGAUACUAAAGCAGUUUUGUAUUUGCCUUGUAAAAGCUUCAAUACAAGGGUCUUAAUUUUAUUUUAGCUUGUGUGAUAACGUAGGUAAAGACUGUUAAUCUUCUAUAAUUUUAGUGAUAUAAAAAGCACAGGAUCUCUAUUCGACUAUGCAAAUUUAAUUAAACAGCAGAACCCGGCAACUGUUGAUAUUUUGUUGGCAUCCACUUCCUUGCCCUUAAGUCCUGUAUUCUCCCUGAGUAGUUUUCCAAAAAUUAUAAGUAAUUUAGAUUAUCCUGAAGGAAAGCCUUAAAGAUGAGGUAGCUUUUCUAUAAGGAGGGUCAAAGGUCAAUGUUCAAAAAAAAAUUAAGGGGUAGCAUAUUAAUCCAGGGGGGAGGAGGGUGAGUUUUGAAAUUACUAUAAACUAGCAAUCCAAAUUUCUGUAGUAAAACUUAUCUGUUAUCAGGGGAACUGCCACCCUUUUUAAACCAAAGAAUGAAAAGAACGUAAUAGUUUUGUUCUGAUACAAAGCUUUGAAACUCUAUUUUUGAUACUCAUAAUGGAUGUCAUUCCUUGAGGUUUGGAAAUCGUUCAAAUUGAAGUUUUAUAUUUAAAAAUGUGGGACAAUAAAGAUUAAGUUCUAGAUGUUUACAGAGCCUUGUAUUGUAAUUUCAUGUACAUUUUGUAUUUUAAACAUUUUUGUAAGUUAUGAUUGCAGUGCUACUUGCAGAAAUAAAGGGAAAAACUUGCAUUUAGGCUCUUAAAUCGUAGUGUUCAAAUAAAUAAAAAUAAUGCAAA